GGCGCGCGCGCGCGCGGGGAGGUUGGGGUCGCGCGGAGUCGCUGGUGCUGGGGCUGAGGUGGAUGGCUCUGGCCGAAGGGCUGCGGGCGGAGAGUGCGGCUGUUCUCGCGGUCGCUGCUGAGGCUGCCGUCCGCUGCUGGUCAUGAGAGGAGAUAGAGCCUUGAAGCAAAGACAUCUGGAUCAGAGAAAAAGUAUUCAAGGGCCAUGCAGGCCAAUUGUAACCAACUGCACAGUCCUCCAGGAAUAGCAAGUGGAGAGGAUGCCUCAGUCUCCCAGUGUGUCCACACAUCUAGAUCAACAGAAGGUUCUUGUCUUCAUUCUGGAGAUGUUCAUAUCCAGAUGAACUCCAUACCUAAAGAAUAUGCUGAAAAUCCAGGCUCCAGAAUUACAAGGUCAGGUGUCCAUAGCUGUACCCAUGGAUGUGCACAUAGUCGUUUCCGGAGCCACUCCCACAGUGAAGCAAGGCAGCUUGAUGAUAUGGCCAUGGAGUCUGGAGAGCAUGGAAGUAGCUCCUUCUCAGAAUUCCGCUAUCUUUUCAAGUGGUUGCAAAAAAGUCUUCCUUAUAUUUUGAUUCUGGGUGUCAAACUUGUUAUGCAGCAUAUAACAGGAAUUUCUCUUGGAAUUGCGCUGCUAACAACUUUUAUGUAUGCAAACAAAAGCAUUGUAAAUCAGGUUUUUCUAAGAGAAAGGUCCUCAAAGAUUCAGUGUGCUUGGCUACUGGUAUUCUUAGCAGGAUCUUCUGUUCUUUUAUAUUAUACCUUUCAUUCUCAGUCUCUUUAUUACAGCUUAAUUUUCUUAAAUCCUACAUUGGAUCGUUUGAGCUUCUGGGAAGUACUUUGGAUUGUUGGAAUUACAGACUUCAUUCUGAAAUUCCUCUUCAUGGGCUUAAAAUGCCUUAUUUUACUGGUGCCUUCUUUCAUCAUGCCUUUUAAAUCAAAGGGUUACUGGUAUAUGCUUUUGGAAGAGUUAAGUCAGUACUACCGAACUUUUGUUCCCAUGCCAGUUUGGUUUCGUUACCUUAUAAGCUAUGGGGAGUUUGGUAAUGUAACUAGAUGGAAUCUUGGGAUAUUGCUGGCUUUGCUCUACCUCAUACUAAAACUUUUGGACUUUUUUGGACAUCUGAGAGCUUUCAGACAGGUUCUGCGAAUAUUUUUUACACGACCAAGUUACGGAGUGGCUGCCAGCAAGAGACAGUGCUCAGAUGUGGAAGAUAUUUGUUCAAUAUGUCAAGCUGAAUUUCAGAAGCCAAUUCUUCUCAUCUGUCAGCAUAUAUUUUGUGAAGAAUGCAUUACCUUAUGGUUUAACAGAGAGAAAACAUGUCCAUUGUGCAGAACCGUGAUUUCAGAUCGUAUAAACAAAUGGAAAGAUGGAGCCACUUCAUUACAUCUUCAAAUAUAUUAACUUGUAUUAAGACCACAAUUUCAUUUGGUUAUAGUGACUACUGAUAAAGGCAGUAGAAUGGGUUUUCAGGACUAGAAGAAAAAUGUUUCCAGAUGGUUUUAGAAUAUUGUAAGACUUAUUUGUGUAAUCCCAAUUUCUGAAAAGAUUAAAUGAAAGAUCUGUGUUUUAAAAAAAUAUGCAUUCAACCUAAUGAAUAUGCAACAUUUCUUUUAUGCAGUGUUUCAAGUGUAAAUGUGUUUUCUUGAUGUUACCAAAACAAUAAUUAGAAACUAGAUGAUUUUAAAGGGGUACUGUUUUCAGAAUAAAUAAUAUUUUUCAUAAUAUUUUAAGAUACAUUAUCUGAAAGAAUUUUCUUCAGCACUGACUUUUAUAAUUCCCAUUCUAAAAAUGUUUAAAAUUUUCAUAAAAUUUGUAUUUUUAAAUGAAAAUUCUAAAUGCUGUAUUUUAUCUGUAACAAACACAUCUUCUUCUAAGAUUAAUUUACUGAGGAUAAUAUAUUUUAAUAUUGUAUUAUUCUCUAUAGUAUGAUUACUGAGAAUAAAUGAUUUAAAUUCA